AUGUUUGCCGAUGGGAUAAAAAUCUGGAGCGAAGUUGACGAGGCGCAACUGCAGGCAAAUCUGGACCACCUCGAGCAAUGGUCGAAAGAUUGGCUUCUACUGUUCAACCUAAACAAGUGUAACUUCCUACGCGUCGGCAGAACCAGUUCUCCUAACCGCACGGUCUACCGUCUGACUGACAUACCACUGCAAGAAGUCGACGCCCAGAAGGACUUGGAUGCAUGGAGCACAACCUCGCUUAACCCUUCGCUGCAAUGUUUGAAGGUGGCCAAGUCGGCGACGUCCAUUCUAUACCUCGUCAAACGGGCGUUCUCCUCCUUUGAUGAAGACUGCUUCGCCAAGGUCUUUCAAACUUUCGUGUGA